UAACUCAUACUUAUGACACGAAGAGGCUAACCUAAAAGCUUCAUACACAUUCGUAUUUCUUGUACGAAUAAAUCGCUUGUAAUUUUUGAGUUUUACAUUAACUCCUAGCACAGUGACGAUUCAUUUUAUACAUCUCGUAGAAAUUACAAAAAUAAUAAAUUUAUUCUACAAUUAAAAGUCAGAUACAUGAUCAUUCUCAACGAACAAUAAUGUGGAGUUAUUAAGGAUAUCACAGAUAUUUGAAGAUCUAAGGCAUAGAAGCACUGAAAAGAGUGCCACUUAAAUAUAUCCACGAAAUGGACGACGAAACGUUGAACAGACUUGCAGUGGAAGCUUUAUUGGAAGAGGCAAAGCUUGGAGCUAAGAGGGCAGAGAUAAUGGGCCCCAGUGGAUGGAUAAAACCAAAGGAAUCUGUUAACAAAAGAUUCCUUCACUCGACAUUGCGCAAUGUGGUUCUAUCGAACAAAUACCAGUUGAAGAGAAGGAACGAAAGACAGUUGCAUAAAGCCAAAGAUGCAUUAAAAUAAUUAAGCGUUGUGUGAAACGAAAGCUUAUAUGUAUUUGUUUUGCAAUAUGUAUCAUAUUCCUUAAUGCUUCUGUAACUAUAAUAACGUGAUUAUUACAUAGUAUUAUUUAUGUUUUAUUUGUAUGUUACGGAUGAAAUCAUCCUCUGUAUAUGAAUUUUAUUAGGAGAUGUAAUGUAAAAUGAUAAGAGUUUAAUUACGAGUCUGCAACUAUUGAAAUAUACUAAAAAUUGUAAUUAAUGCAAAAA